CAGUUUCACUUACUGAGCCUAGUGGCCAUGUGAAGUCAAAGUCUUGUCAUCUGUUCUUUCUGGCAUAUGUAUUGUGAAGUGAAGCUCUUAACAAAGUAGUAAGACACAACAAUAACAACAACAACAACCAUGUCAGAAUCAAACGCAAUAGCAAAUGGUUUAGCUGGUGCAGGUGGUGGUAUUAUUGCUCAAAUCAUAACUUAUCCUCUUCAAACGGUAAACACACGCCAACAAACUGAGAGAAAUCUCAAGAAAAACAAGCUAACUCCUAGUACUGUUACUGCUCCUGGUACUCUUCUUCAGAUCUUUCAGGUUAUUGGAAGUGAAGGGUGGGGUGGAUUAUACAGUGGCCUCAAACCUUCUCUUCUUGGAACCGCUGCUUCUCAGGGAAUUUACUACUACUUCUAUCAAGUUUUUAAGAACAAGGCUGUGGCAAUUGCAGCUGCUAGGAAAGUCAAAGGGCAUGGAGAUGGUACUGUUGGAAUGUUUGGUUGGCUUGUUGUGGCUGCUAUUGCUGGGUCCUUGAAUGUAUUGUUUACAAACCCAAUAUGGGUUCUAGUAACUCGUAUGCAGACACAUACUCAAGCAGAAAGAAAAAUCAUGGACGAAAAGAAAGAAGCUUUAAGGAGGGCUGCUUCUGAAAGCAGCUUAUCAGACUCUACAUUACAAGACAAAUUGGCUGAACUGCAUUCUAUAAAACCUCGACCAUUUGGAACUAUACAAGCAGUUAAUGAAGUCUAUGGUGAAGCGGGUAUAAUUGGAUUUUGGAAGGGUGUCAUUCCUGCUCUUAUUAUGGUAUGCAAUCCAUCAAUCCAGUUCAUGAUUUAUGAGAGCACAUUAAAGCAUAUAAGGGCAAAACGCUCUGCUAAGAAGCAGGGAGAUACAAGUGUAACUGCUUUGGAGGUCUUUUUGGUGGGAGCAUUAGCAAAACUUGGAGCUACUGUCUCAACAUAUCCCUUACUUGUUGUCAAGUCAAGGCUUCAGGCAAAACAGGCGAUUGGCGGAAGUAACUCAUUAAGAUACUCAGGUACUUUUGAUGCAGUAUUAAAAAUAAUCCGUUAUGAAGGAUUGCCUAGCUUUUAUAAGGGGAUGAGCACAAAGAUAGUGCAGAGUGUUUUUGCAGCUUCUGUUCUAUUCAUGGUCAAGGAGGAGCUUGUUAAGGCUUUCAUGUUGCUGGCAAAAAAGAGCAAAAAAGUUGUAGUAAAUUUGAGUAGUUGACUUCUUUACCAUGUGGAAGGGAUAACUCUGUCCUAGUUUGCCUCUCCCUAUUGAUUAUUCACAGCUUGUGGUGAGGGAAUGAUUCUUCACUCUUCACCAAUAAUGGAUAUAUACAAUACCACAGGUCUCCCAAGAAUUUAACCUGUUAGGUGAAGACAAUACAUGAAUGGUUUUGUAUUUAAUUUCUAACAUGUUUUCUCACGCAAGAAUUAUUUAGAUUUGAAGCGUGGACAAUGCAGUGGUCUAUAUACAUCUCUAACAAUUUGUUACGAAGUGCCGCAGAUCCCUUUU